AUGACAGCUGACAAGGACAAGAGAAGAGCGAUCAGCCGCGAGGCGGCCAGACGGAGACGGCGAGUUGAGUCGGACGUGUUUGACGAUUUAUCUCGCCUCCUGCCUCUGCAGCCCUCCAUCCGAGCUCAACUUGACAAACCCUCCGUCAUCCGCCUCACCCUGAGCUACAUACGCAUGCACACACUGCUCCAAGAAACGGCUGGGAUUAGUCCAGAGCUCAGAAAGGCGGUAAGGUUUGAACAUGGGAUGAAAGGAGGACAGGAACUGAUUUGUGAGAUAGAGAAAGAGAUGGAUGACUUCAUGUCACUGGAUGAAACAAACAUGUACCUGAAGAUUCUGGAGGGAUUUCUAAUGGUCUUGUCCACCUCAGGAGACAUUAUCUUCUUAUCGGAAAAUGUCAGCAAAUACAUGGGUUUGACACAGACUGAGCUGAUGGGACACAAUAUUUUUGAGUAUACUCACCCAUGUGAUCACGAGGAACUCAGACAUAAUCUACGUCUGACAGCAGACGAGGUUUGGUGCAGCCAGAAGAGGGAAUUUGUCACGAGGAUAAAAAGCGCUCUGACUCACAGAGGAAGAAUCGGUAACAUUAAGUCAGCUUCUUGGAAGGUGUUGCACUGUCAGGGCAGAGCGAAGAUGUGCAUGGCCUCAUCUUCAGUGUCCUGUCUGCUACUGACCUGCCGCCCUCUGCCGCUCACACACACACUCCUCAGCACACACACAUUCACAAGCCAGCACAGCAUGGACAUGAGGUUCACAUACUGCGACCAAAGAGUCAUGUCUCUCUUAGGUUACAGGCCUGAGGAGCUGCUGGGUCGUUCCAUCUAUGAUCUCUGUCACACACUGGACACGAGCUGUUUGAACAAAAAUCACCUCAACUUGUGUUUGAAGAGUCAGUCCGUCAGUGGUCAGUACAGGAUGCUGGUCAGAGGCGGAGGUUACGUCUGGGUGGAGAGUCACGGCGCCGUCAUCCCCGGUGUCCAACCGUCCAGGUCCAGAGCCAAUGCCAGUCAGCCUCUCUGCAUCCUGUGUGUCACAUAUGUCCUCAGGUGUGUUCGUCUUUUGAAGUUAAAUUAA